UACCCAAGCUAAUUAAUACACAAGAAAUACUUAUAGGAUUAUUCGAAAUGUUGCUGAAGCAAGUUUUAAUCCUGGGGGUGGUUCUGUGUUGUGCGAAUGCUAUUUCAAGAUGUAGUUUUGGUGGAUGGGCCUGCAGAGGAUUCUGUAGUUAUGACGGACUUGUAACAGGUAUGUGCACUCCAGACUAUACUUGUCAUUGUGCAACAGAAUAUCUGAAUAUUACAAGACUCCAGGAACAAGUUCCAAGAGCCUGUGAGGUUGGCAUAACUCAGUGUAAUACUGCCUGCAAGCAGAUUGGUAAAGACCAUGGUGUUUGCGGCGGGAACGGAUGCACCUGCUCUGACGAAUGGUUGUCUGACGCUGCUUUCAGACUAUGUGAAGAUGAAGACAAAUGUGAAGAUUACUGCUAUGGGCUCAACGAACAAGUAGGCAACUGUGAAGGAUGGAAUUGUGUUUGUCAUAAAUAAAAACUAUUUUGUUGUAAAUAUUUAGAAAGCUAUUAUUGUCUAUAUUCGAUAUCCCAUUAUUAUAAUUUGCAAUUGUAAGGUUUAAUAAAUUAUUAUUGUAGCAUA